CGCAGCUGUGGUGCGCUGCCCCGCCGCCGCCCCUCCUCGUCUGUGCUGCGUGGAGCCCUGCCGCCCUCCUCCACAUCCGGCCUGCGUGAAGCUGCGACGCCCCUCUCCUCCACGACCGGGCUGCGCGCGCCGAGCCCCGCCUACCCUCGGCGGCAUGCCUGCGUCGAGCCCACAAAACAAUCUGAUUCCCUGGUUGUGAAGAACUGUAACAAUCAAACGAUUGUUGAGCUGAAGUAGAAGGUAAAUUCACCAUCUUUCUACCUUAUCAAAAGACUAGUUGUUAGGUUUCAUGCUGUUCAGUAACUUUUUGAGUGUUAAUUAUCUAUCUAUAUUUUCUGUGCUUCUUAUAUGUUUUAGAUUUUAUUUCUGAAAGCUGUUUCAUAUCCCACAAUAAGUUGCAUGGAUAAAUCGUGGAUCGACAAUGAGGCUAGGUACAAUAUAACUUUUUCAAAACAACUAAAGGUGUUCUUUGUAGCUAUCUUGAUAAUUAACAUAGGGAUUAUGUGUAGGGAGACAAAGGCCUAUAUACAAGGGGUGAACAGUUUUCUAGCUUUUGCAUUUAGAAAUUCCGCAGUUGGGUGCAAGAUAUUAUGUCCAUGUAGGAAGUGUGUUAAUUCCUUUUGGAGAGAGGCUAGUGAUGUGCGAGAACACUUGAUAUGUGAUGGAUUUCUAAAAGGAUACAGAACAUGGACUUUACAUGGAGAAGCUAGCUCCUCUUUUACGAACCAUGGUAGUUAUGAUGUUCCUGAUUUCAUUGAGCAGCCUAGUGAAGAUGAUGAGAUAUCAGACUUGCUUAGGGACUUAGCUUGUGGUUUAGAUGACAGAGGUGAUAUGGAAGAUGACGGAUCUUUUGAGCCACCUAAUAAAGAUGAAACAACUAUUCAUAAGCUAGCAGCGGAUAAUAGUAAAGAAUUGUACCCAGGUUCCAAGUACUCAAAGCUACGUUUUCUAGUUCGGUUACUUCACAUCAAACUUCUUGGAGGUUGGACCGAUAGAAGUUUUAACUUGCUGGUAGAUUUACUUGCUGAUGCCCUACCUACAGGUUCAGAACUUCCUAAAAACUUUCAUGAAGCUAAAAAAUUGGUGAAAUCUGUUGGAAUUGGGUACAAUACUAUUCAUGCAUGUGAAAACAAUUGCCUUCUCUUUUGGAAGGAGAAUGAAAAACUGAAUUCAUGUCCAAAAUGUGGUGUCUCACGUUGGAAAUCAGAAAAGAAGAGUCUAGAUGGAAAACGUGAGUACAAGGUUCCUAGAAAAGUUCUUCGCUAUUUUCCUAUUAAGAAAAGACUCCAAAGAUUGUUUGUAUCCUCUAUAACUAUUGGAAGACUUCUGAAUUUCAGGUAACAAACUUCUAAUAUAAAGUUUGUGCAUAAACAUUUUGAUUCCAUUA